UGCGGCGGCGGCUCCGGUCCAGGUGCGGCAGCGGCUCCAGCAGCGGAAACGGCAGCUGCCCGGUGGGCGGCCCGGCCCGGCUCGGCACAGCUCUCCGUGCGUCACGGCCGCCCCGUCCCAUCGCUUCCAGCUCUCGGGUCCGCCCUGCACCCGGCAGCAACAUGUGGCUCCUGGAGCGGCUGCGCGGCAUGGCGGAGAGCAGCAGCGCACGGGGCUCGGGGCCGGACGAUUCCCCGCGGGGCUCCCGCUAUAGCAACGUCCUCACCCCCGAUAAGAUCCCCGACUUCUUCAUCCCGCCCAAGCUGAGCGCUGCACCCGCUGAACCCGAGGGUACCGAAACCACCGCGCCUCCCGUCCUGGGUCCGUCUGUCUCGGAGCAGGACCUGACGGACCGCAAGACCCCACGCAGCCCCCGGCCUCCCAGCCGACCCCGUGCGAAGGCAUCCGGCCGUCACAUCAUCCAGAUCGAGAGCGCCGAGGACUGGACAGCCGAGGGCGGCUUCGGCACCAACGUGGACCCGCAGGCGCAGACAGCCAUGUCUCUGCCCUAUGUCCCCAAAGCGCAGACCUCCUACGGUUUCGCCACGCUGGUGGAGAGUCCCCACACCCGACGUAAGGAAUCGCUCUUCCAUAGCGAACACAGCAGCCUCUGCCCCUCGCCGGCCACCUCGCCCAGUGGCCAGCGCAGGGCAAAGCUCAACGGCGAGAGCAGAGCUCAGGCUCCUUCCGACCUGGGGGCGGCCCUCAUGCACCCCGGGCGCUAUUUCAGCGGCGGUGAAAGCGACACGUGCUCUUCAGCCGAGUCCUCACCCUUCGGCUCACCCCUCCUCUCCCGCUCCGUCUCUCUGCUGAAGAUCUUCAGCCAGGAGAGCCAAUCCAAGGUCAUCAAGCUGAAGCACUCGGUGGCUCGCAACAGCUCGCUUUCAACCGAUGACAGCUCAGCCGACACCAGUCCCAGCGCCCAGCGUCGCUCCAGGAGCGCUCCGGCCGGGGGACAACCGACAGCGGGCGCGGAGCUGCCGCAGGGUCGGCCCCGUGAGCACAGCCUGCGGCUCAGCCGGGGCGGCCGCCUCCGUCUGACUGCUGAUUAUGACCCUUCCAACGCCCGGCUUCGCGUUCAGCUCAUCUGCGCUGAGGAUCUCUACGACGCUCUGGUCGAUGUGCGUGGCAUCCACUGCUGCGUUUCUCUGUGCCUCAACCCGGGGAAGCUACAGAAGCAGCGCAGCACCAUCAUCAAGAACAGCCGCAACCCUGUCUUCAAUGAGGACUUCUUCUUCGAUGGGCUGGGCCCCAGCCACGUCAGGAAGCUGUCCCUCAAGCUGAAGGUGGUCAACAAAGGCAGCAGCCUGAAGCGGGACACGCUGCUGGGGGAGAAGGAGCUCCCGCUCAGCGCCCUGCUGUAGGCUCAGCAGCCCUGCAGGGAGCGUGCCCGUGGGGCUGGGGCACGGGAGGGCUUGGGCCAGCCCUGGCCCCUCUGAACUAGGGCUUGGAAGGGCCCCCAGAGGAGGGCCAGGGCUGUGGCAGAGCUCAGGGAUGCAGGGCCGGGUCCCCGGGAGCGGAGCUGCCAGAUGCAGCCCUCCUGUGCCAGCCUCUCCCUUCUGUUCCAGCUCCCUGGCCGGGGCUGCGGCUCCUGGAGCACAGCAGGAGCCACCUGCCCUGUCCCUUUCAGAUGGAUGGAUGUCAUCUGCUGGGCUCUUCCCUUUCUGGUUUCCCGUGGCCUCCAGCUGGCCAGCACGAAGGUUGGAAGUGGGUAGAGCUCUGCAGCAUGCUUAUUGCCACCUCUCUCCAAGCCUUAGCUCCUGGAGUCAGAUGAUGGCAUCGACCUUGGCUUUCAUUUAAAAGUCAAGCUUUGUAGUCUUGGAAACUGCAGAGAAAAUGCUGCAGAGGUGACCCAGGAACCUGGUUGGGGUCCCUGGGAGGUGGCCUCGUGGCUGACUCACAUCUGUGGUCUUUCUGAGUCCCUUCCUGGAACCACAUAGAGUGUGCAGUCAGCUCUACCCUCCUGUCCUGGUCCCCCAGAUACUGACCCCUCUCCCCCAUGAAUAACAGCUGCAGGAACUUCAGAGGCGUUUGGAUUUAUCCAAACCCAGAUGGAUGCUGAUAGGG